AUGGGGACCACAAUAAGUAAAAGGAAGAACAACUCGGACAAAAACGUAAAAAAUGACUCGUCCGAGAAUAAGAGGCAGAAGAAAAAUGAGGAGCACGACUCAAAUUUGGAGUUUAUAAAAAAAUACAAAAUUAUUAACAAAAUUGGAGACGGUAACUUCUCCAAGGUGUUUUGUUGCAGAGGGGAAAAUAAAAAGAAGUGCGCCAUGAAGCUAAUGUGCUGCCCGUUGAAGAAAACAUCCCAUUACAACUGCUUCAAGAGGGAGUUGUUCAUAAUGAAAACGAUCAAUAAUAAACAUCCCUACAUUGUUAAAAUACUGGACUAUCACGAAAAAAUUUGGAAAAAAUACUACAUCGUGAAGCUAAUCCUGGAGUACUGCGAAGGAGGGAACCUCUUCGAGUAUAUAAAAAUUAACGGCAGUUGCACGCACUCAGAAGCUAGGGUUAUCAUUAUCAAGCUAACCAAAACGAUUCAGUAUAUUAAUUCUUUAAAAAUUAUGCACAGAGAUAUAAAGCCAGAAAAUAUUUUACUUCGAACGAAAGACAAUAUAAAGAGCGUUGUGCUAUCCGAUUUUGGACUGGCCAAGAUAACCCCGUCCAAUCAAGCCGUCGUCAAAAGUCGCUCCGUCUGUGGCAGUGAUUUUUAUCUUGCGCCGGAAAUUAUAAAGAAUAAAGAGUACGGGAUAAAGAUCGACAUAUGGAGCCUGGGCGUCCUCAUUUUUUUCAUAAUAACGGGGAAAGUACCCUUUACUGGGAAAAACGCCAAUGAAUUGUACAACAAUAUUCUGAAGGCCAACAUCCCAGAGCUACUUUCAAAGGAGAAAUCCCUGAAUAUCCAACCAGGCCUGAAAAAUUUACUCGAAAAUAUCCUCGUGCAUGACCCGGAAAAAAGAUUUAGCUGCUCGGACAUUUUGAACCACCGAUGGAUACGGGGAACCCUCACGAGUUGCGAAUUCAAAAUUUUUAACUCCGCCUCGUACAUAAAGAAAUUACGGCUGGACAAAAAAAGGAGCACCACCCAGGACAACGAAUUUAAAGAAAACCAAAUUAAAGACAAGUCCUUCGAAAAGGAAAAGGACUCGUUUGCUAAUAUGAAAAAGAAAUACACCUUCUUCUUAAAAAAAAUAACAAAUUAG